AUAGCGAUCAGUAAAGCUAUGGCGGAAAAUAAUUCAAUCAGGAUCUUGGAUUUAUCGUGGAAUGGUUUUGCCAAUGAGGGCGCUCUAGCAAUGGGACAAGCAUUGAAAGUUAACAAACAAUUAAUAGACCUGGAUCUGACGAAUAACAGAAUAACAAAUGAUGGUGCGCUGGCUAUCGCAAAGGGGCUUGAAUCUAACGAUACUCUCAAAGUUCUCAAGAUUGGUAAGAAUCCUAUCUCUGCUGCUGGCGCCAUGGCUAUCUUAAUGGCUAUUUCAAAGAAUCCACAAAGUGCAUUGACUGAUAUCAGGCUGACAGAUAUCAUCAUCACAGAGGAAUUUGAAGAAAUGUUGAAGGCAAUCCAGAAAACCCGAUCUGAUUUGAGGAUAGAACAUGGUGGUACUGCACGGCAUCAUGGCACCAAUGGAGCAGAAAUAGAAAAAAAAUCUGAUCCUUUACAAAAACUACUGGAUUAUGUUCAAAAAAAUAAUUUACGAUUAUUAGAUUUAUUUCAAAGGUUUGAUAAAGAUAAAAGCAUGAGUGUGUCAAGAGAAGAAUUCACUAAAGGAAUACAGAGCUCCAAUAUUCCUUUGAAAGAUUCCGAAAUUAACGCAAUCAUAACAAUGCUGGAUGAGGAUGGGGAUGGGGAAGUGGAUUAUGGUGAACUUGUGAAGGGAAACAAAGAAAUUCUCCGAAAGGCCAGGGAAAGAAGGAAUGCCAAGAAGAAAAAAGAGGAGUUUGAGGAACGGCGUGUAGUCGAAAUAUUGGCAUCAGGAGUUACAGAAGAAGAGAGAGUUAAACAAGUUGAUGCAGCUUGGGUUGAUAAAGAAAUCAGAGAAGAAAUGGUGGAUACAGGGGUAGAAACUAUGAGAAAAUAAGAACAAAACAAUGGCAGGGCAAUGAAUGGAUGCAGUAGUCAUGUGAUGCCAGUGUACCAAUAAUAUUUUCAUACUGUAGUCAUGUGAUGCAAGUGUACCAAUAAUAUUUGCAUACUGUAGUCAUGUGAUGCCAGUGUACCAAUUAUGUGUGCAUACAGUAGUCAUGUGAUGCCAGUGUACCAAUAAUAUUUGCAUACUGUAGUCAUGUGAUGCCAGUGUACCAAUAAUAUUUGCAUACAGUAGUCAUGUGAUGCAAGUGUACCAAUGUGUACAUACAGUAGGCAUGUGAUGCCAGUGUACCAAUAAUAUUUGCAUACUGUAGUCAUGUGAUGCAAGUGUACCAAUAGUAUUUGCAUACUGUAGUCAUGUGAUGGAAGUGUACCAAUAUUUGCAUACUGUAGUCAUGUGAUGCAAGUGUACCAAUAAUAUUUGCAUACAGUAGUCAUGUGAUGCAAGUGUACCAAUGUGUACAUACAGUAGGCAUGUGAUACCCUUGAACCAAUGAGUUGCAUUGGCAUAGGUCAUAUGGCACCCAACAACCAAUAGAAAACAAGUAUAGUAACACUCAAAACUACCAAUAGAAUGUAGUCAUGUUGCACUAAACAACCAAUAAUGCAUAGAGAAAGUAACAUGUAACAUUCAACCAAUAGAAAGU